AAACGGUGGACAUUUUGACUCACACUUGUGCUAAUCAAUUCGAGUUACCUUGUCAAUCAAGAGAGACAACCGCCCAUAUCGAACCUGGCCACGUCAUUACCAUGGAGCAGGCCAAGCAAGCCGUCAGCGCAGCAGCCGAGGGCGUGAAGAACCUGUCCCUCGGCAAGGAGGCCAAGGCUGGCAAGAAGGAGAAGAAGGAUAGGAAGGCCCCGAAGGAGGUGGCCGGGGCUGCUGCCUCGACCCUCUCCGAACUGAAACCGCGCCCCGGCUUUAUCGACGAACGUCUCGAGCUGUUCGACAAGCUCAAGAAGCAGCAGGAUGAGGACAUCGCCAAGAAGCCGCGCGACCCAAUCAUGAUCACCAUGCCCGACGGCAGUGUCAAGCCCGGUGUCGCAUGGGAGACCACCCCCAGGGAGAUCGCUGAGGGUAUUUCCAAGAGCCUAUACAAGCGUGCCUGCGUGGCCAGGAUCCGCGCCGAUGGUGACCCCGUCCUCUGGGACCUGGACCGUCCACUUGAGAGCAGCUGCAGGCUUGAGAUCCUCGACUUCAACCACCCGGAGGGCAAGCAGGUCUUUUGGCAUUCGAGUGCACACGCCCUUGGUGAGGCGAGCGAGCGGCUUUACGGAUGUAAUCUUUCUCGGGGUCCCCCUACAGAAGACGGGUUCUAUUACGACAUGGCUCUCCCCGGCGAUGCAGCAGUUCACACAUCGGAUUGGCAGCCGAUCGAGUCCUUUGUCUCGAGGAUCGCCAAGGAGAAGCAGAAGUUUGAACGGCUGGAGAUGUCCAAGGAGGAUCUCCUCAAGAUGUUCGCGAAUAACGAGUUCAAGAAGCACUACAUCGAGCAUAACGUUCCGGACGGGACACGCUCCACCGUCUAUCGGAAUGGUCCCUUCAUUGAUUUCUGCCGAGGACCCCAUAUCCCCGAUACAGGCAGAAUUGAGGCAUUCGCCGUGCAGAGGAACUCGGCCACCUACUUCUUGGGCGAUGCGAAGAACACAUCUCUCCAGAGGAUUGUCGGCAUCUCGUUCCCCGACAAGAAGCAAAUGGCCGAGCACAAGAGGAUCCUGGAGGAAGCGGCCAAGAGAGAUCACCGCAGGCUAGGCAAGGACCAAGAACUCUUUUUCUUCCACCCCUUUUCCCCUGGUUCGGCGUUCUGGCAACCUCACGGUAUGAGGGUAUAUGACGCCAUUGUGGACUACAUCAAGGAGGAGUACUGGGACCGGGAUUACGACAUGGUCAAGACCCCGAAUAUCUUCUCGCAGGAGCUAUUUGAGAUAUCUGGUCACUGGCACCACUACAAGGAGGACAUGUUCCACUGGCACGUGGAACACGAUGAGGAGGGGAAAGACGGGCAGCCGACCGAGCGAAAGGAGAUUGGCCUGAAGCCCAUGAACUGCCCUGGCCAUGCUCUCAUGUUCCGCGAGCGCGACCGUAGCUACCGUGAGCUGCCGCUCAGAUACGCCGAAAACGGUGUUCUCCACCGUAACGAGGCGUCCGGCGCGCUUUCCGGCCUCACCCGUGUGCGCCGCUUUGAGCAGGACGAUGCGCAUAUUUUCUGCCGAGAGGACCAGAUCGGCGCCGAGAUGGAUGACAUCUUCGAUUUCCUGCGCCAGUUCUACGGAAUCCUCGGACUCACCUUCAAGCUUCGCUUAUCCACCCGGAACCCAGACAAGUUCAUGGGCAAGAUCGAGACCUGGGACCGUGCUGAGGCGAUGCUGAAGGAUUCCCUUAUCGCCCUAGCUGCCUCGGGUAACGUGGAAUGGGAGCUGAAUGAGGGCGACGGCGCCUUUUACGGGCCGAAGAUCGAUAUUGCCGUGCUCGACUGCUUGAAGCGAUCAUGGCAGUGCGCCACCAUUCAGCUGGACUUCAUGCAGCCCGAGAACUUUGGCCUCGAGUACAUGACGGGCGAAUCUACUGAAAACAUCAAGGCCGCAACCCAGGAUGCCGAGGGCGACAAGAAGGUCCCCGAUGCAGAGGCCAAGACCGCCGAGGAGGGCUCGGAUAAGCGCGGGGCGAAGCCGCUGUCUCCGGGUUAUGCUCGUCCCAUCAUGAUCCACCGCGCCAUGGCCGGGAGUAUCGAGCGUUUCGUGGCUAUUCUGAUGGAGCACUUUGCCGGCAAAUGGCCGUUCUGGCUGUCACCGCGCCAGAUCCUUAUUAUUCCCGUCUUCAAGGCCUCGUACGACUACGCCCAGGAGCUGCGGGGCAUCUUCCGGAAGCAGAAGAUGUUUGUCGAUGUCGACCUCAGCGGCGAUCUUCUGAAGAAGAAGAUCCGCAAGGGCCAGCUGGCACAGUACAACUUUAUAUUUGUCGUCGGCGCCGAGGAGGUGGAUGGCCGCAUGGUCAACGUCCGGUACCGCGACGACCCAUCCACCCAGGACCGCGGUACCCCCGUUCCCCUCGACGAGGCCAUCGCCAAGCUCAAGCAGCUCAAGGCCGACCGUGGCAUGUAUAACCCAUUCCAGGCACCCAAGCCGGCUGAGGCGGCGUAAGGGAGGCCGUGAUCAUGCAACGGGCGAGACAGGGGUAUGGGGUAGACUUGCGGCGGUAAGGCGGCGAUCAACGUUAGGUAGUAAGGCCAGAAAACUAAACUAGGUAGCGUAGUGCGACGUGGGUCGUGAUGAUACGCCCCAAUGAGAAGCCCCUGAAUACGCCCCUGAAUCCCCUCCCUGGUACUGAAAGCG